AUGUCAAGACCGCAAGGACACGCGAGGGUGACUACGGGACCCAAGCCGCCGACAGCUUCCCCAGCAGUGGCAUCGACUCGUCGUAGUGCGGGUACGCUUCCCGGAAUAGCGCGUACUGCGUCGACGCUACGACAAAAGACGCCAGGCCCUUCCUCCCUCCCAGCGCAUCUGCGCAACACUUCUGCCCCACGCGUACCCUCUCCUCUGGGACAGGGUACACCCGCCCGCCCAACGAAACAUAUCCUUCCGGUCCGCACGUCCAAGACGACGGAGAAACACGUUCUCCUCCCCGAAGACCCACAACUUGCGCCCCUCCCUCGCUCAGCAUCAGAGACCAGCCUCGCGCGUGCCCGCUCGACCUCGGUCUCGGCGCCGAGUCGAUCAGAUGAACGGAGUGAGGCGGAGAAGAUGACCAAGCGCGAGCGUAACGAGGCGGGAUUCUCACGACUCAUUGCAUACGAUACGGCCGAGGGAUAUCGCCUCAAGCUUCUACAAGCUUUCUUGCGGCGCGAACACGGCGUCGGCGUCGUCCGGGUGUUUGAUGAUUGCGUUUAUGCCGUCUACAACCUCCCUUUGCUACCGGGGUAUGGGGCCACGAAUCGGGUACGCUCGUCGCCGGCUGUCAAGUCGCCGGGAGGAGUUAGUAUGAUGGAGCGCAUGACGCAGGCCGAGGAACAGGGGUACGACGACGAGUAUUUCCCCGUCGAAGCCGAUGAGCCUGUUACCGGCGCCGAUCCGAGCGAAUACAUCCUCAGUCGGUCGCCGCCGUCACCCGUCGUCGAACACAGCCUGGCUUUAGGGGAUGAACGGGCUGGCCCUAUCGACCUCCCCGAACCUGCGCGCUCGCCGCCCAAGGCCGAACCCGUAAUGGUCUACGAGGAGCCCGAGACGCCGACGAUACGUCCUCCACCGCGAAUGCGCCGCCGCUCGUCGGGGUAUAAACAUCCCGUUGCCGAGGCCGUGUUCUUCAACUACGGCGUGAGCGUGUUUUUUGGGUUUGCGCCAGGCGAAGAGACGAGUAUCAUGGAAGAUAUUCGGAACGCAGGAGUGUGGCAGGUCCCGAGCGCCGAGGACGAUUGGGAGGUCGAAGAGUUCCAUUACGAGUACGAGCCCGAUGCCGAGAGCCCGCGCAUCUACAACGACAUGUUUACGUUCAAGAGCAGAAGCCACUUGUUCAAACUGUCGCUCGCGCACGCCAUUGCCCAGUCGACAAAACUUAGCGUGUACGAGGCCAAGCUGCAGAACUCGCUCGAGAUGACGUCCCUCUUUCCGAAGGAGCUCGCGACGACUGGCCACCUCAAUCUCGACCGGAAGGAGGCGUUGCAGAUGACUGGCCGCCUGUUCAAGCUCCGCAUGGACGUCAACCUCAUCGGAGGCGUUCUCGACACUCCCGAUAUUUUCUGGUCCGACGCCUCGCUGUACCCCUUGUACGAGGCAAUUAACCAGUACCUCGAGAUUGAGCCGCGUGUGCAAGUGCUCAACGACAGGUUGUCAGUCGUCGGCGACCUGCUCGAUAUCAUUCACGACUAUAUCGCCCAGCGCGCCAACCACCGCAUCACGUGGAUAAUCAUCCUCCUCAUUGCUGUAGCAAUUAUUGUUGGUGUCGGCGAGGUCGUGGCUCGUCUCGUCUUCCACGCAAUCCUGCGGGAUAAAGACGAUAUGCGCGUCCUCGGCGCGUCUCGAUAUCUUCUGCGGAUCAACCGCAAGUGA